AUGGAGCUAGACAACUAUAUCGACGAGCUGGCCGAGCUUCUGCUCAAAACCGACGACGACGCCGCCGCCGUAUGGCGCCGGGUCACGGAGACUGCGGAAAAGGGAAGCCCGCCAGACCGAGGGGGGACCUCUGCCGAGCAUCGCCCCGAAGAUCCGAACGGACCACCGCCAGCACUUCCGGCACCCGCAGCGGCCCCGCCGACGGUCAUCCGCGUCUCAACGACCGAACCACCACCGCUGGCACCUAUAACCGCCAAGCCCGGUCCUAGCCUCCAGAGGGAGGUCAAGGAACCGACCACCCGGAAAAGGGAGAGUUGGCAAAAGCCCGCACCACCAACGCUCGGACGCCGAAUCGGCCGGCCGAGGAAAGGGCCCCAGAUUCGCCCAGCGCCACCCGGGCUUGUUGACGUGGCACGAAGACGCGAGAACGAGGCCCCGCACGGAGGCCCCCCUUCCGUCGUCGUAUCCACCACGACCACCAGGCGGACUAUUCCGGUCAUCACGCUCGACGAGCAAGAGGAGGGUUCCUCGACGGCCCCAGCGCCGCCACCUCGCGACAUGCCACUGCUGGGCGAGGACGAGCCACCAACUCCAAUGAGCAACAUCCAGCCGGGACCGGUGAUCAGGAGUAACGUGCCAUUCAGAGGCACCAUGCGACUCCUCCGCGACACCCCGCCACCGCAAGCCAGGGUGCAACCCUCCAUCCAGCCACCGGUACAAGGCCCCGCACUACCGCCGCCAGUGCCCAUCUUGCUGCCAACCGGCGAAAUAUGGCACGUGCCAUAUUUUUCCGUUCGGGUCUCCCGGAAAUACCGUCUACGGACGCUGACCGGACGGUGGAGCCUGCGGUUCACGCGCAACGGGCAGUUGCGUACCGCCAACCGUAUCCCCGGUUAA